CAGCCUUCUUCGUCUUUUACUUCCUCUGAUCAUCUGGAGAUCGGAGAGAGACAACCAUGGCGACGUCCAAAUCUUGCUCGCUGUUCCUCCUCGUCUCCGCCACCUCCGCCUUGCUCCUCUCCUCCGCCAUCGUUGACGCCGUCUGUGUGGCCCGCAAGCCCCUCUCGUUAGAGGCCGUCGCCCACAAGGAACUCCCCAUAACUCCCGCCUCCUUCCAGAAGCAGUCGUCCGUCCCUCAGGUCUCGCUCUUCGCCUCCAAUGCCGUGAAGGGGGUCGGCCUCAACCACCUCGACAAGGUGGAUCACACGGUGGUCGACAUCUGCCACCAGACCGACUACCCCGACGUCUGCAUACCCACCGUCAGCGCCCACCUGAAGGGGACGGCCAACCCGCUCUCGAUGCUCACGGCCGAGAUCGAGGCCUGCACGGAGAAGACAAAGAGCGCCGCCGCUGAGGUCGCCAAGAUCGCUGCCGACCCUUCCACAUCGUCCGCCGAAAAGAUGGCCCUCAGCACCUGCAAGGAGAACUACAACUCCGCCCUCGACAGCCUGAGCAAAGCGGAGAAGGCGGCCGCGGCGCAUGACGUGGGCACGCUGAACAGCGAGCUCAGCGCCGUGAUCACGUACGCCAGCACCUGUGACGACUCGUUCAUCGAGUUGAGCUUGAAGUCACCGGUGGAAGGGGCCGACCGCAUUCUGCAGAAGCUCGGGAGCAAUUGCCUCGCCAUUGCUGCUCAAGUUCAUUUCUGAAUGUAGAGCGGAUUUAUUGAUCAAUUCGCGGAUGUGUUGAAGAGGAAGCG